GCCGGGCACAAAGAUCCCGAUUAUAAUCUCAUGUGGACAGGAUCACACUUGAAGCCCUACCUGCUGCGUUCCCUUACAGAUAUCCAGAAAGUGAAUCAUUUUCCCAGGUCAUAUGAGCUGACACGAAAGGACAGGCUUUACAAGAAUAUCUGUCGUAUGCAGCUGUCCCAUGGAUUCAAGAUGUUCCAUAUCUUACCUCAGACCUUUAUCCUCCCAGCAGAGUACCAGGAGUUCUGCAGUACCUACUCUAAGGACAGAGGCCCAUGGAUAGUGAAGCCUGUGGCCUCUUCCAGGGGUCGAGGUGUCUACCUGAUAAACAAUCCAAAUCAGAUUGUACUGGAAGACAACAUCCUGGUUUCUCGUUACAUCAACAACCCCCUGCUCAUAGAUGGUUUCAAAUUUGAUGUGCGCCUGUAUGUUCUGGUUACAUCCUAUGAUCCACUUGUCAUCUAUCUCUAUGAGGAAGGAUUGGCCAGGUAUCUCCAUAUGAGAUGGGAAGAAGUCCUGUCUUGCUUGGUGCCUGCUGAGAGAAUGGGCCUUGACACAUGGUAGUAGUUCAUAGGGAAAUGUCUCUGUUUUCAGGAUGCUUCUCCAUAGCCUCUUUCUUACCUAACCUGCAAGAUUUGGGUAGCCACAGUUCAGAGCCUAAGUGGCUUGAAGGGCAUUAAUCCAGUGGGAAUUUGUUAGUCAUAUUUACACUGAAAUUAAAAAAUAGAUUGGGAAAUGGAAGGAAAAAAAAAAAAAAAAAAAGCAACAGUGAGCUGAAAACCAAGAUUUCUUGCAAAGGCCCCCAAGGAGCAGCAGCUGGGGGGGGGGAACCUUCCAGGGUGACUUGAGACAGAGUGGCAUCUGGGCUUCCCAGUGCUGCCACGAGCAGCCUUCCUGCUGCCUGAGCUCCCACCAGCCCAUAAACCGUUGACACGUGGGUUUAAUGUUUGGUAAUUACUGUUUGUAUAUAUAUUAAGCAUGAUGUAGUGAUGUAGAAUAAGGGGCACCAGCUCACAUAGCCUAGGACAGGCUCUGUACCUGCCCCAAAUCUGGCUCAGCUCCCUUUGCUGGAAAGGCACUUGUAGGCUACUCCAGCUCUGCCCCAACAGAGAUGCUGGAAGUCACUAACCCUGCACAUCUGGGGGCUGUCCAGGCUCUGUCUCCCUGCACCCUGUGGCUGCCCACCAUGGGGACACCAUGAAGCUGUGGGAUGUGGAAAAUAAGCUCAACCUGGGAACCAAACACAAAUACAAUUGCUGUCACGGCAACUGUCUCCAGAUGCACGGAGAGACCAAUUAUUUCCAUUAAUCAACAUGGUGAGAAGCUGCAGAAGAGGCUCAUAAUGCAGAUGAGGUUUGGAUGCUGAGGGGAGGGAGGAGCCCUGGAAAAGCUCAGUUGUCAAGGAACCCUGUGAUGUUUCCCAUAGUGGAGGAUAACAACUGGCAUCCUUGUGCAGCCAACGUGAGGCUGGAGUGUGAGCCAGGCCAGCACUGAGUGACGCUAAUGAAGCGGUGUCAGUGUGUGCUGGGGGGAGCUGAGUAGUGUUUCCUGCUCCCCUGGGACUGCUGCAGCAUGUCAGCCUGCCCUAGGGGUUGUCUGACACUGUGAAACCCUGCCAGGGCAUCUCCUGUGUCUGCUGGGAGCCAGGUGAUGAACAGGGGGGCUGGAGCUGCAGAGGUACUGUGGGACAGCAGGGACAGGGGGGUGGGUCCCUGUGGCCAGGACGUGCUGAAGGGCAGAAAGGAGGGAGAAGCUAAACACAAGGUGUGUCAGGUCCUAACCCCUACAGGAGCCCAAGCCAAACAUUAAAUCAUAGGCUAAGUAGUGAGUUACCAGUGCUCAAAUGAUCUUCAUACUGCAAAAUGAGGCCAAAGUAAACUUUGGAUCUGCUUUACACACCAAGCCUCCAUCUCCCUGCUGUAAAUCCUCCCCUGCUACGUGAAUGACAUUUUUCCACCAAGUUCUGGAGAACCCUAAAAGUUCUGUUCUUGAAUUCUUGCAGUGCAUGGAGAUGUUGUGAUGUCAAACAGUAUCACCCAGUUUCUGGCACUAACCUAAGCUCAAGUGCAUGGGAGGGUCUUGGGCCAUGGAGAGGUCUGGUAGGCACUGGCACAGGUCUAAAAAUACUCCCUAAUCCUGAUAACCCAGCCAUGGAGCCCUCCUGCUUUGAUGUGCAACUUCUCAUGCAUGUUCCCAGACCAGAGGCCAUGGAAAAUUCACUGAAAUUCCAUCUGGAAGCUGUCAGACAGUUGGUGGAAACCCCCUGACCUCAAGUGCUGACUUCUGCCCUGUGGGAUUUUUUCCCUCUCAGCUGGAUGAGGAUCUCACAGCGGGGAACCUCGCAGCAGACCGCAGGGAGCACAGAGAUCCUGAUGCUGCUGCCUCUGUGCUCUACCAGGCUCCCUCUACAGCGAACUGUCUUAUGCUGUAAAUAUUUUACAAGCCCAGCAGGGAUACUGGGUGUGUUUUGCUGUUGUUAUGGAUCUGUCCCCAGCAGGACUGCGCUAAUAAUAGCCCAGGUACCCAGGAAUGAAAGGGGGAGAGACACAGCAUGGAGAGCUUGAAGGCACCAAAAUGCUCUGUGCCCUUGUCCAUGCAGGUCUGCAGUACAGGGAGAUGUGGGAUGUGAUGCUUAAACAGAAGAAAAGGGUCAAACCCCUCUUCCCCUGCUGAUCUUUGGUAAAAGGUGGAAAUUCCAACCCAGAAACACAGCCAGGUUUAGAUUGGCUUUGGGGGCUUUAUGCUUCCCAGGGGCAAAAGGCAGCAGUUUGAUCCUUGGCUUGGACACCAAGAGAGCAGGAGCUGGCCUUGUGAGAGAUCCUGUUCCAGCCAGAGCCCAGCCAUAGGCACAGAGCUGUUGGCCCCAACGGUCAUUUGCAACGGGCAGCAGCAGCAGCAGCAGCAGCAGCAGCAGCAGCAGAGAUGUAAGUGUGGGGCUCCAGUCCCUCAGGACUUGGGCUUAACAUCCCUCUGCCAGCCCUUGCUGGCUGUGGUCAUUGGGAUGGUGUUGGAAAUAAUCCAAGUAAUUUUGUCAGGACGGUAUCUCUGAUAAAAGCAGAAUUUAUUCGCGAUUGCAAUGGCGGGCGCCCCACAAGUAGGAGCGCGCCUAUGGACACAACAUGACAGCCUUUAUACCCUGUUUUCUCCCCCUUGCCUUCCCCCUCCCCUGUUUCCCCACUGGCUGGGUACUCCAGGUUCACAAUCCUAUCAGAAGGUUUACAUUUGUUAUUUACUUGUUAAUUUAUUUGUCAUCCUGUUGUUUCCAAGCUGUCUCGGUGCUCUCCUUGUCCUAUUGAUAUGGUGAUUUUCCUUAAAGUCAUCAUCGUUAAACAAAGAGCACUGGGGGAUGAUGCAGGCCUUCCCAAUGUCUCUUCAGGGGCUUCCUCGGGCAUGCCAUGACUUGUUCUUUGGUUUGCUCUCCUGCAGGAUAUUCUUGCAGUGUAUGUGACAAAAUAUACAUAUAUACACCUAUAUACAGAGUGUGCGUUCCUGGGAAGGUGAUCUUCCCCAAGUUAAGUAGAAGGACUCCCAAAAAGAACUAUGACAGCGGAGAUUAUAAAAUAAAAAUAAUAUUAUACAAUUCUAAUGCAGAAACAACAUUUGAUCCCCACAAUGAUCCUCAGGUGCCACAGGAAUGGAGACAUCUUUGUGUGGCUCCAGAAUCAGUGGUAGGCACAGGCUGCUCCGUGCUGCCCAUCGCCUGGGUGUUUAGGAAGAAAGAUACGGCCCCAUUCCCCACUGUGUAAAGGGAAACAAGGUGGGCUCAGGUGGUUCUUGGGGCCAAGCGAUGCCAAGAAGCCACUGCUGUGUUGAACCUUCCCACCUCCUCCCUUACAGCCCCUGCUGUGCUGUGCUGGCUGCCCUAGGGGUGAGGAUAUCCAAGCAGAACUUGAAGGCCCUUUACCAUGUCGUGCCACCUGUGCCACAGAGAGCUGAACAGAGUUUCCUCUGACACAAAAGUCUUCUGCAGUUUGUGCAAAGCCAGGUUAGAAGAAGAGCAAAAUUCUGAGGAAAGCCUGAGGAUUUUGAAGGAGCAUAGAGAUGCGAUGGAGGUAGAGUCCAGCACGUACACAGACUUCAUUUCCUGCGACAGGGCUGGCCGGAGGAACGCUGUCCAUGACAUCCAGCGGGAUGCAAACACCAUCAGCAUGCGCAAGCUGACCAAGGACAUCGGCGAGCUCAGCGUCGAAGGGGCAGAGAGUGAAGAAGCCAGCACCUCUUCUGAGAGAGACCCUGCAGCAAGACCAAAGGAGCAAGAGAGCAAAUCCUCCCCAUGAGAGCGCACAGGGGGUGGGAUGGGGCUGCAGGAGGGGCUUGCUGUGAACGUUAAGCAAGAAUUUGUUAUUGAAUCUGUGGACAAAAGCCAACCAGGACCAGCAAGAUGUCUGUCACAUGCCUCUGCUGCAACCUUUUUGUUUCAAGAGCUGCAAGAUACUGCACAAGGACUGGCACCUCCAAAAGACUUCUGCUCCCAUCCCUGAUGACUUAGAGCAACACUGCAGUGUUUGUAGUGAUAUGAGCCAUUCUCAAGAUGCCUUAGCUGCAAUUUUCCCCUAUGGGAAAAAAAUAUUUCAGUAAUAAUAUACACUUUCCUGUCCGAGGUACCUUCCCCCUUUGCAAAUUUAGACUAUUAUUUAUUCUGUUUCUGUAGGUUAGAGGUUUAGAUGAUUGUUUUCUCCACGCACUGCCCUCAUCCUGCAUCUCACCCCUGAGCUGGCCUCUGGAGCAGGGCGGGCAGCAGCAGGCACCUGCCAGCCCUGCACCUCUGGCCAGACCCAUGCAGCCCUGGGAAGGACCAAAGCACAGCCCCACGUGGAUGAGCUCCACUGACAGACCCAGCAGCAUCAGCAUCUUUUCCUUUGGGUUUUAGCGUUUUAAGGUAUUGUUAAGGGGGGGAGGAGGGAGGGAGAAACAUUUUGCUGUUUGGACUGUUGAAAUUCAGGCUUAACUUUGCAAGCUGUUAGCUGAGAUUAUCUCUGGUAGGAUCUCACACCAUUCUUUUAGGAGACAUGUUUUGUGUUAAAGACGGUUUGAUAAAACUAUAUAAGCUGUUGGAAUAAACAACACAGCCUUUAAGUACUGAA